AUGAGUAAACCAGUUGUAUAUGAAGACAUUCCAAUCAUCGAUAUUUCACAGUUUAAAACAGAUCAACAAACUUGUGUUCAACAAACUAAAGAUGCUUGUGAAAAUUUAGGCUUCUUUUAUGUGAAAAAUCAUGGAAUAAGUCAAGAAAAAAUUGCGGAAAUAUUUGAUAUUUCCAAACUUUACUUUGAACAACAGCCCCAAGAAGCAAAGUUGAAGUAUUCUAUGAACGAACGUUAUCAUGGAUAUGCCGCAAUGUGUACAGAAAAUCUCGAUACCAAAAGAACAAAUGGUGACGUCAAAGAAAGUUUUACUUUCGGUGAAUUUAAUGAUAAUAAUGAAGCAAUUACGCAAGUCUUACCACCUUUCUUUGAGGAAAGGGCAGAGUUUAUUGCGUCAUUUUACAAGGAUUGUCAUGACUUGUGUUUGAAAAUUUUUCAAAUAUUGGCAACUGCAUUAGAAAUUCCACAAUCUGAAGGUGGAAUGCACUGGCUUGAAGAAAGACAUCGUUCAAAUGCUAAUACUUGCAUGCGUUUUCAUCAUUACCCUUCUAUGGAUAAGUUUGAUUCUGAUGAGAUACGUGCUGGAAGUCAUACAGAUUAUGGUUCAAUAACAAUCCUCUUUCAAAAAGAUAUUGGUGGUCUAGAAAUUCAACCACCUGGCACUGAUAAAUGGUUUCCCGUUCCAAUCAUUCCAAAUCAUUUAUUGAUCAAUAUUGCUGAUUGCUUAAGUUUUUGGACAAAAGGUUUAUUUAAAUCUAUUAUGCAUCGAGUUUCAUUUGACAAUGAAAAUUUUGGCUUAAAUAGAUAUAGCAUUGCGUAUUUCUGUAUCGCUGGACCUGAUGUUAAAUUAGAUCCAAUUCCUUCAAAGUUUAUACCCACCAGUGAAAAUAAUAAGGACGAAAAGGUUUUAACUGCUGGGGAGCAUUUGAUGCGUAGAGCUAGGGCCGCUUAUGGUAGCGGUUAUUGA